AUGGCCAUGUUUACGGAUCUAAGAUGUUCUCCAUCAUGUACGCAUGCUGGAGUACAUGGUACAGUGUCCAUCUGUCCUCCAGAUUGCUUUGAGUACAAAGGAACACUUGAUGUUUUCUACAAAAUUAUUCGGCAGGGAUUUGGAAGAUUAUGGCGAGGCACCAAUGCUGGCCUUGCAUUGGCUAUACCAACUGUGGGAAUCUAUCUGCCUUGCUAUGACAUCUUCCGAAAUUGGUUUGAAGAGUUUGCAGCUGAAAAUGCUCCAAGCAUGACACCGUAUGCCCCUUUGCUGGUGGGGACAAUGGCUGGAGGAGCUGCAGAUUGUCAGUUUUGGCACAGAAAUUUAGGCAUUAAGUGUCGUUUGCAUGAAUUGGCAAACAAGAGUAGGAUUUCAGUGACUGGCGCUUCAAAGAUGAUUGCCAACAUUCUCUAUUUCUUACCGUGGGAUGGACAGCGAAGGCGGACAUCUCAAGGGACUAACAAACCAUCUACUGAGUCGACACAGCUUUUAUCUUCUGUACCCACCAGUGGAAGACACUAUUGUGGACUUGUCGCUUGCUCCAGAAGCCCCUUCAAAAUCGUCGAUGGUCCCGCUAGCUCCGCUGUCGAAAAUCCAGUCACUGCUGCAUUGGAUAAACAAGAAUUUAAGUGUUUUUCUAGCUAUGUUAACUGA